ACAGCUCGGUGUGCGCCCUAAUGAUAUGUGCUGGCAAAAAUGUUGUUUGGCAGGCAAGGCGGGUGCCGCGAAGGGUCGCUCCCCGACACCGACACCCAAGAAUGGAGCCGGAGUGGGAGCUACAAAUGGCACGCAGCCAACAAAUGCAGCGACGCCAACAGCAGCAACAGCAGGAGCAACAACAGCAACGGCAGCGUCAGCAGCAGCAGCAACUGGAGCAGCAGGAGGCGUUGCGGGCGGCUCUGCCUGCAGAUCCACGCUACAUGCGAACAAAACGAUUUUGAAAACGGUUUCGGUCUUCCUCGCCAGCGGCAAACGAAACUCGAACAACCAGUCGAAGGCCGCAGCGGCUGCCCUGCAGAACAAACGGCAACAGCGACAGCGUAAAAUGGACGAGUUGAGCGGCAAAAUCAAUCCCAAGCUGUUGGACAGUCUGCGCAAGAAGACACGAUUUACCAAAGACGAGCUGGAUGCCUUGUGCCGAAUCUAUCGCAAGCUGGUAUCCAAUUGUCAGUAUGCGGCUAAGACUCUCGCCUCGAGCUCGUCCAGCGCGGCCAUAGCCAAGCCGCAUGCCGCUGUCGAGGGCAUUGAUCGCAUUGUGUUCCGUGAAUUGCUGCACAGCACCUUUGAUAUAGUCACCGAGGAGAUACUCAUGGAGCGCAUCUUCUGCAGCUGGGACAAGGCACACGAGGGCUUGCCAUUGCGGCUCGAGGGCUGGCUCAUUGGACUCUCUACAUUUCUGCGUGGCACUCCGGCGGAGCGUGCGGCAUUUUGCUUUAGAGUUUACGACUUGAACACGGAUGGCUUCAUAACCAAGGACGAAAUGUUUACGCUGUUGCGCAACUGUCUCAUCAAACAGCCGCAAGACGAGGAUCCAGACGAGGGCGUCAAGGACCUAGUGGAAAUUGUGCUUAAGAAAUUCGAUCUCGAUAAGGAUGGCAAGGUCUCGCUAGACGACUUCAUGGCCACAGUUACAGCUGAGCCGCUGCUCAUCGAGGCCUUUGGUCAGUGCCUGCCAACAGACAGCGCCGUCGUCUCCUUCUUCUCCACACUUCAGGUCUAGAGACCUAUUUAAAAACAAAAUAAAAAAUAUAUCUUGUUUAAAUAAAUAAAA